AUGAAGGGGAAGCACAGAAGGGAGACCGGGAAGAUGAACCUCUGUGGGAGGAACCUGCGACGGGUCACCCCGGAGGCUGGCACCUGCAAGGAGAAGCCCCCUCUGCUGUCCAGAGUAAAUGGCUGGUCCCUGCCGCUCAACACCUUGCAGGUGGUGGCCUGGACCACAUUCCUGGCUAUGACCUUCACCAGCUUUGGCAUCUUCAUCCCCCUGCUGCCCAGGGUCUGGAGGUAUGUGGCAUACAGCGUGACCAGCGGGCUAUUCCUCUUCCACUUUGUGGUCCACCUAGUGGCCAUCUCGACCGACCCCGCAGAACCCAACGUGCGGAUCAAGAACUACAACAAGCCCGUGCCCGUCUUCGACCGGUCCAAGCACGCACAUGUCAUUCAGAACCAGUACUGCCACCUGUGCGAGGUCACCGUGAGUGCGAAAGCCAAACACUGCAGUGCCUGCAACAAGUGCGUUGCCGACUUCGACCACCACUGCAAGUGGCUCAACAACUGCGUGGGCAGCAGGAACUACUGGUGUUUUUUCAGCUCUGUGGCCUCGGCGGUGGCAGGCCUCUUCUGCCUGGUAGUGGUGCUCCUGUACAUCUUAAUCCAGUACAUCAUGGACCAGGAGGAGCUCCGUACCGACCCCCACUUUGAAAAGAUCACGGACGAGAAUACCUGGCUGCUCUUCCUCCCCUUCUUCCCUGUCAGGACGAAGGCCCCAGUGCUUCUGAUCAUUGGGGCGGCCAUGCUAGUGCUGGACCUCGUCAGCCUCCUGAUGCUGGGACACCUGCUCCUGUUCCACCUUUAUCUCUGUAAGUACCCCAUCCCCGCCCCCCGACGAGCCCCCACCCUCUCCUGUUUACACUGCCCUGGGGCAGGCAGGCUCUUGGGUCCCUCGAUCCCACUGCACCCACCACCGGCCCGGGGGCUGGGCACCAUUCUGGUGCAGCAUGACUUGGCAAGAAGAUGCCCGUGA